AAUAGUUCACCCUCAAUGAUGAAGAAAAUCGACGAAAGAAGUGGCAGCAUCGCCUUUGCGACACAGGGAUAGAUAUCACAACCUACCGACAGAUGACAAAAAGGGCACCUGCAGAUGGACUUCUUCUGUAGCAGAUGUUCACUCCCCCCGCCGUCUCCAAUUUCUCCGACUCUUCCUCUGUCCCCGACCCUGCCUCUCUCUCCACCAUCGUCGCCGAACCCUACAUCACCUACAUCGCCCGACUCAUCAUUCGACCUCACUUCCGCCACCAUCAUCGCAACAGAUGAUGUAUUCGAGGAUUCUAUUGCUGACCCGGACCCCCAACCCAUGCCCGACGAUCAUCAGCUUCAAGCCGAAUGGAAUCUUCUGCCGACCGGCAGCAAACGUGGCAAACCCCUUUUAGUUGAUAGCAGAGGAUUUUCCUACACCAUCCAGAAGACAAGAUCGUAUUGUGUGUACUGGUGGUGCUCUGUGCGGCCAAAGGAGGGUCGGUGCACUGCCGCGGUUUCACAGAGAGGUGAAACUUUCACCCGCGGAGCAGCCGACCACAACCAUGAGCCGACGACAGGACUUCUUACCAAGGCCACCAUCAACAUGAAGAUUUGCUCCCGCUUCCUCCCGAGUGGCUUUCUAAAAGCGGAUGUAAAGACUGGAGGUCAGCGUCAUCUGGUAUUGGCAAGCGAUCAACAAUUAAAGACGUUAAAGACGGCCAAGACUUGGUACAUCGACUCAACAUUCCGUGUUGUGUCACCACCUUUUUAUCAGCUGCUAUCAAUACAUGCCUUCCUCGUCUCCGGAUCGUCGAUGAAACAAGUGCCCCUUCUGUUUGCAUUGAUGUCGCGGCGCCAGAUAGAGGACUACGUGGCCGUCUUCGACGCGGUGAACGACAUAAUGGACAACGUAGCAGUUGAAAAAAUGGUCACAGACUUUGAGGCGGCGACCUGGAGAGGCUUUAACAGAGUUUUUCCGGCCGUCCAGAUCAAGGGCUGCACCUUCCAUAUGAAUCAGGCGAUUUAUAGGAAAGUGCAGAACUUGGGUCUGGCUACGGCUUACGACGAGGACGUGGGAACACACAGAUUCAUCAAAAAGCUUAUGGGCUUGCAGUUCCUCGACUCAGCCCAUAUCGAGCCAGCAUUUAUGAAGGUCAAACAACAAGCUGUGACACAGAAUCUGAUCGCCCUCUGUGAAUAUUUUGAGUCGACGUGGAUUCGAAGCUCUGUGUGGACCAUCACAAAUUGGAGCGUGUUUGGGACGGCCAUCCGCACGAACAAUGACCUGGAAAGCUGGCACAGGCGAUUAAAUCAACUCUCCGGGCGACGUUGCCUACCUUUUUACAGGCUGCUUCCCCUCCUCUUCCGAGAGGCUGACCUGCUUCCCCUGCAGAUUCGCCUUGUGACAGACGGUCAGCUGGACAGAAGGCAGCAUGCUGGCCAGCGUGCCAAGGCAGAUAAAUUUUUUAGAUUAUGGGACGAUUUCCAGGCAACAACUAUUACCGUGUCCCAGCUGCUGAGGGAGGUGUCGAAACUUAAUGGGCCAAUGGUCACUGAGUGACUGUGUUACUACUGUGAUAUGUGCUGUUUUGAACAUUGUUGUUAAAUAUAUUACAUUAUCACUCUUCCAUAACAAUGUUGUCUGUUUUUUUACAUUUUACGACGCUUCAUCUUUAUUACACAUACAGUCACAUAGUAACAAUAUUUUCGUAUCACUGAAAAUAGAAAACCCGAUAUAUAAAAAUACAUUUAAAACAAGUGUAGACAAGAGACGGGAAAAUAUUCGUUGACUCUUCAUUCAGCUGUCCUUAGUUUCGUAUCACUGAAAACAAAGCAUACGGGAAAAUAUUCAUUCAUAAUUUCCUUGAGCUGCCCUUGAGCUGCCCUUAGUUUCGUAUCACUGAAAAAAAAGCAUAACAACUUCGUUAUAAACAUUCUCAGUAACAUCUAAGUACAAUUCAAACUAUAUAUUCCAUUAUUUAUACACGUCUACGAAUUCACCGUCUACGAACCGGUUUUGGUUACGAAUUCACCGCGUCUACGAACUGGUUUUGUCUACGAAAUCACUGUCACCCA